AUGCAAUUCAGAAUCGCUACUUUUGCUGCUCUCUUGGCUGCCACUGGCCUAGUUUCCGCUGAUGAGGACUGGACCAAGUUGGCUCCAAACAGUACCUACGCUGGUGGAUACAUAACUUACGAGAGCACUUUCGGAAUUUCCGUUAUUCCUCUUGCUGAAGAAAAUGCUAAGAAAUUCGAGCACGAUGGUCAAACAGGUUCUACCGAUGGUGCAGCUCCAUCCCCAGGAAGCUCUCCAGUUAAUGCUGAAGAGACACAUUUACAUCUAGACUCCGUUGCUUGCAAGACCGGAAGUGCUCUUGAGUUGAACUUGACUGACUCUAUUCUACGUGAUGCUCACGGUAGAAUCGGAUCUAUUGUUGCUAACAGACAAUUCCAAUUUGAUGGUCCACCACCACAAGCCGGUACUAUCUACGCUAACGGUUGGUCUUUGACUCCAGAAGGUAACUUGGCUUUGGGUGACAGUGAUGUCUUCUUCCAAUGUUUGUCCGGUAACUUCUACAACUUGUACGAUCAAUAUAUUGCUCCACAAUGUUCUCCAAUCCACUUAAAGGCCGUCGAGUUGAUCUACUGUCCUCCAGCUGUUCAAGGUGCUCAAGCUUGA